AUGAGGGGGGAGAGAGUUCCAGAGGUGAGGGUGGAGAGAGUUCCAGAGAUGAGGGUGGAGAGAGUUCCAAAGGUGAGGGGAGAGAGAGUUCCAGAGAUGAGGGAGGAGAGAGUUCCAGAGAUGAGGGAGGAGAGAGUUCCAGAGAUGAGGGUGGAGAGAGUUCCAGAGAUGAGGGAGGAGAGAGUUCCAGAAGUGAGGGGGGAGAGAGUUCCAGAAGUGAGGGAGGAGAGAGUUCCAGAAGUGAGGGUGGAGAGAGUUCCAGAGGUGAGGGAGGAGAGAGUUCCAGAGGUGAGGGAGGAGAGAGUUCCAGGGAUGAGGGAGGAGAGAGUUCCAGAGGUGAGGGGAGAGAGAGUUCCAGAGAUGAGGGGAGAGAGAGUUCCAGAGAUGAGGGAGAAGAGAGUUCCAGAGGUGAGGGGGGAGAGAGUUCCAGAGGUGAGGGGAGAGAGAGUUCCAGAGGUGAGGGUGGAGAGAGUUCCAAAGGUGGGGGGAGAGAGUUCCAGAGAGGUGAGGGGAGAGAGAGUUCCAGGGGUGAGGGGGGAGAGAGUUCCAGAGGUGAGGGUGGAGAGAGUUCCAGAGGUGAGGGGGGAGAGAGUUCCAGAGGUGAGGGUGGAGAGAGUUCCAGAGAUGAGGGUGGAGAGAUUUCCAAAGGUGAGGGGGGAGAGAGUUCCAGAGGUGAGGGGAGAGAGAGUUCCAGAGGUGAGGGUGGAGAGAGUUCCAGAAGUGAGGGAGGAGAGAGUUCCAGAAGUGAGGGGGGAGAGAGUUCCAGAAGUGAGGGGGGAGAGAGUUCCAGAGGUGAGGGUGGAGAGAGUUCCAGAGAUGAGGGGAGAGAGAGUUCCAGAGGUGAGGGUGGAGAGAGUUCCAGAGAUGAGGGGAGAGAGAGUUCCAGAGAUGAGGGGAGAGAGAGUUCCAGAGAUGAGGGGAGAGAGAGUUCCAGAGAUGAGGGGAGAGAGAGUUCCAGAGAUGAGGGAGGAGAGAGUUCCAGAGGUGAGGGAGGAGAGAGUUCCAGAGAUGAGGGGAGAGAGAGUUCCAGAGAUGAGGGGAGAGAGAGUUCCAGAGAUGAGGGGAGAGAGAGUUCCAGAGAUGAGGUGGGAGAGAGUUCCAGAGAUGAGGGAGGAGAGAGUUCCAGAGAUGAGGGGAGAGAGAGUUCCAGAGAUGAGGGGAGAGAGAGUUCCAGAGAUGAGUGGAGAAAGAGUUCCAGAGAUGAGGGAGGAGAGAGUUCCAGAGGUGAGGGGGGAGAGAGUUCCAGAGGUGGGGGUGGAGAGAGUUCCAGAGGUGGGGGUGGAGAGAGUUCCAGAGAUGAGGGGAGAGAGAGUUCCAGAGGUGAGGGUGGAGAGAGUUCCAGAGGUGAGGGUGGAGAGAGUUCCAGAGUGGAGAGACUUCCAGAGAUGA